UGCUCCUGGGACGUCGCUUCUUCAGAGGAACCUGCAGCUCCCCCCAUCACAACUUCCCAGGACCCAGCCCAGAAAACAACCAUACAGAAACUUGGCUUAAAUAUUAUUAUCAUUGUAUAUUGCCUGUGAAUGAAUAGGCUGUGCAUCAGGCGUAUGGGAAGUGUUUAUUUCCGUGACUAAUAUUAUUCCCACGGAUAAAUUGGACCGGAGUAAAGGAGACCCGUGUAUAGGCUGUAUACACUGUAGUAUAGGCUGUAGGAGACCCGUAUAUAGGUUGUAUACACUGUAUAAUAGGCUGUAGUAGACCCGAGGGACAGCAGCAGUCAAGCCGAGCUCCACGAUAGACCCGACCGUAGACCGGACCAUAGACCUGACCAUGUGGCAGACUGCGCUCACCGUGCUCGUGACCUACUCACUCGGGAUGGCUGUGUGUCUGAACUCCAACGGCAUCCGCACCUCCAAAGAGAUCCUGGAAAGCUUGGAGCAGACAGACCCCCUCCCCAGCAGCAACACAUCAGAAACAUCAGGAACCACCCUCACCCUGGCUCAGAACCCACAGAGGACCUGCUCCACGCCCGGGUGCAGUCCCCCAGAGAAGGAAGGCUGCAGUAACCGGUCUCGGAGGAGAGGCACAUCCACACAGGACAGAGAGGCAGACAGACAGGCCAACAGACAGGCAGAUAGCGAGAUCACCGUUGGCAACAGGACAAGAGGCAGCUGUGUGCGGAGCGGUGACUGCCAGCCGGGCUUCUGCUGUGUGCGCUACCUGACAGCCAAGCGCUGCCAGCGGGUACCGCUAGAGGGCGACGCCUGCCUGCUGCCCGGCCGCUCCAAGCGGCGGCGCAACCUGGAGCGCUGCAGCUGCGGCCAGGGGCUCUACUGCAGCCCGGCAGGACCCACGGUAUCCGGGGCGGCCAAGAAACAGGGCGUCUGCUUGAACCGACCCGGACAAGGCCAGAGGAACACAAGGCAUUCUGGGAAGAGUAGGAGAACUGCGGAGGGUGGCUGCUGAAAGACUGUACAUCGGACAAACUUUGACAUUUAUCAACAGGUGGGCUGCAUUGAAUGUCAGAAGCAGCAAUAUACUAUACUCAUAUUUAAUAUCCAUGAACACGACUUCCAGCUUGUUUUUAGAUGAGUCUCAAAAGCUGUUUUUUUAAGUCAAUAACACCAGUAGGCCGAAUUAAUAAAAUAAAAAUGCUUUGUAAUUUCUGUGGGUCUUCGAAUUUUCAUUAUCCCCGUGUGAAUGACUGUUGCAAGAUCUUCACUCAUGCAAAACAAAUAUAUUUGAAUUGCCCGUUCUAGAUCAUCAUUUUCUAAAUAAAGACCUUUUUGUAAGUUACCAAAGCAGAUGGUGAGCUGUAUUUGUGCUUUG